AUGGGAGGAAAAGUUGGCAAUUCUGGAGGUCCUGCUGUGAGCUCUUCGUCUGCGAAUCAAAUACCCAGUGCAGCUGCUUUGGUUUCUCUCAGACAAGCUGAUGAUUUGCUUACUCUGUAUGCUCGAAAUAAAGGCGGAGCGAGUCGCGAAGAGAUAAUGUACAGAGUAUACGAUGAAAAUUGGACUCAGUUGGUGUUCGCUGUUGUUAACGAUUCUAAAACCUCGCUCGCCGAUUUACGUUUCCUUAGUAAAGUUUUUGAGAAGAUUGUCGACUUCGUCAUAUCAGACCCAGCUCUUCCGGCUCGAGACGCUAUAAAGUUGGUACUCACGAGUCAAAAAGUGGCUUUCGACAAGUUCCUGAGUGAACUAUCUAGUGGAGAAAUCCUUUUCUAUGGCGCUUCGCUAUGGCUAGCCUAUUGCAAACUUUUUGUGACAGUGUUUGGAACCAAGAUGCCAAGUAAAGAGUGGAACGAGUUCUUCGCUCCAAUGGAGACAUGGUUCAAAAUCUCUGAUAGAGAAGCCGUUGUUAUCUGUCUACAGGUCUGGACUUCAUUCAUAAGUUUUGCUGCUCCCAAACUGAGUACUGGUGCCUUGCGAGAAAAACUUCUUGGAACUUUCUCUAAACCACUGCGUUCUCAUGCGGUUAUGAGCAAAUUGUCAACACCAGCGCCAAUAAUUUCUGCUUAUAUAGCCCUGAUCUCUGCAUUCCGUAGUAGCGUUGAUGAGAGAUUCGAAGAGAGUAAGUAUCUUUUCUCUUUCAGCUAUCUCACUGAUCCAAGACCACAUCGCGUUUUUAAUAGUGACGCACUUACGCAUGUAUUUCCGUUGAUCUGUUCGGUGCUUGGAGUUCAAGAGUCUAUCCAAGGAGUUCCUGUAUGUGCCAACGUUCCAGCGCUAAUGCUGAAGUAUGGGGUUCUCCUCACUCAGGUUGUUCGUUUCGCUGGUCACGUAUCCGCUUGUGAAACGGACGCCAAUUCGAUAUGCUCCUGUUUUGCUGCAUUAGGCCACCGUAUUGAAGGCAUUGAAGAUGUCGAGGGUCGACGUAGAGAGUCUCGAUUCCUUUUCAUUCAAGUCCGCGCUUGGAUAGCUGAGAGUACUGAAAAAGCGGAAGAUAUAGAGUGUGCUAUUUGUCAACUGUUUCGAGAUCGCGAUCUAUUUGUACACGCAAACGCUGUUAGAGAAUGGCCUGCGAUAGAUCUUCUUCGCGCCCUUCUCGAAAAAUCUUCUACUAAAUUGAGGCAAGCUCGGACUAAAACACUUUAUUUCACUUGCUUCCGCAAAUUCGUCGAGCUCAUUCCUGGAACGAUAUGUGGCGGUCGCGAGCCGGACACCAUUGUCCUGGAGCGUUUGAAAGAGAUCUGCGGCCUUAUUAAAGAGCGAAUCAAUCGCUUUGAUGUGCACUCCCUACUCAAAACGUGGUCCAACCUGGCAGAAAUAUUGACUGUUUUUGUAAAGAAGACUGACGACAUUAACGAGGGUAAUCUGCUGAAACCGGAUUUCUCAACCACAUUCAGUCUUCUUAAGUUACUUUUCACGAUUGCGAAUCAUGCAAAUGAGGAUCCGAAUGCGGACACUUUGGCGGAAUGCUCAUCUGCGUUCAGUAGGCUUUUUGCUGAAGUGCAGACCACUGUAAGACACGAGGUUGAUUGUAAUGCUGAAACAGUUCUAUGUGAUGUUUUUGGGUCCACCACACAGCUCGAAACGGUGUGUUCUGAACAAGGAAGCGUUUGUGAAGUUCAACGAGGUAAAGCAAGACCAAACGUAGAUGCGCUGAUUCCAUUUUAUUUCCAGGAAUGUUGCACGCAUCUCUUCACCCAUGCACUACUAGCUGUAGUCGAUAUCUAUCCGUUCGAAUCUCUAACGAAAAAAGAAGUGUUCUCCGGAUCCACAGGGGAAUUUUACACACUUGGUGAAAUAGCUACAUUUGUGAAUGCGAUACAAUUGCUCGGUCGAAAAGUCAUAAACACAGUAAAUUCAGAUAAGGCUCAGAAACUUCCCCGUUCCACGUCUAAAGACUUCCUCACACUCCUUGUUAUUUGUCAGAAGUUGUUUGCUGCGGAUAGAAGAACCAUCUCUGGUGAGAAUAGUGAUGGGUCUUUGAUAGCGGCUAUAUAUGGAAGAAUUGUUUUUGCAUGUUUACAGAUUAGGACCUUGUUUUUGGCAGUAUGUGAUUUGCUAGACCACAUGCUUGCCAAGAUCUAUAGUGAUGAUUCUCGCCUGAAAGAAGUCAUACAGGAAUCAUUGGCUGCUUUCACAUCAAUUGUGGAAAGCGUACAGAGCAAAAUUCCGGGUCCUUUCGACGACAGUUUUCUAUCUGAAUGUGCUCCGCUGUUCACAAGGUUACUAACCGUUCGCCGUGGCAGAUCGUCGAAACUGCGUACAGCUGCCUUCUCCUUAAACACAUCACUGUCAUCUUCACGUCCUCGAAGAUCAAGAAAACCUGUGAAAUUGGAUGUAGGAGACUCAGAAAUGGGGAACUCCUUCCACGCUUCUCCUCAUGUAGCUGCAACAACCUCUUCGCAGACUGGAAAGAGGCGACACCACUCAGACACCCCCACUGCUAAAGUGGCGAAGAAGGAACCACCUGCAGUCGAAGAAAGUGGAGCAAAGUCUAAGAGAGCUGAUAGCAAGGGAAUGGCCACUAUUCCCAUUAAGACUCCGAAAGUAGAAGAAAUCACACCAUCCCGUCAAGCCGCGACACCGCGAACGAAACGAAGGAUGUAUGUCGGUCUUCUUGAUGAAGACUCCGUUGACUAUGUGCCCAUCGUAUCCAGUGAAUCAGCGAAAAAGAUGAAGCUCACUGACCGACAACGAGAGAUGUUCAGUGAAAAGAGGUCUGUUGCGUACUCAUUCGUGUUAAGUUAA